AUCACUCAGAUGAACAGACAAAGAUGUGGUAAGGCUUUACAGCACUUCCAGAUGUAUGUCUGGCUCUAUGGCUUCCAAAAGGGAGACCUAAAGGGACACGUCUUCCCAGACGUCUCAAAAGCUUUCAAUAAAUGGCAUAACUUUCUGAAUAUAAAAAUCUAUUUGUAUUCUUCGGGAGUAUAUCUGACACAGAAAUUGUUGUUCUCGUGUUCAGUGGAUGGAAAUCUAACGCCUCUCAUUGAAGACUUUCUGGAUGUCGAGAGUUAUGGCCCGAAGACAAUAAAGCUGAAUGCAGCCAAAGCGGCCGGUUAUGCCGUACUACUGGCUCUCAGACCACUGAAUAAGGAACUCUCGGAUGAAGAAAAACAAGGAUUUCAAUCAAUUGAGAGCUUUGAAGAAAUUAGUUUCACAUAA